AUGGAAGGCCACCUUCAACUGGUAAUUAAUGUGGCCAAUCCAUCGAAACUCACUCAGACAAUUUGGACGUCGGAGCUAAUUUUUCCGUUAUAUGUCACCCUUGGCUCUACUCUUGUGCUUGUUCUACACCUUGUGUUCACCGCGAAACCCUUCAAGAAAUUUGUUGCGACUCGAAAUGAAGAACUGGUUUUAACUCGAGAGAUCAACGAACCUUCCGAGGGGCUAGUUGAAGAAGUCAAGGCUCAUGUUUCAAAUCAUGGUGGAACGACUAUCUUCACAUUCUAUCUCACGCGACUUACCUGCACACUGGGUCUCCUUCUACUCGCAAUAACAUCUCUUGUGCAAGACUUUGAAGAAGGGCAUGAGGAUUUUGGCGUUCUGAUCAUGAAGAAAAAGAACAAGAAACAUAGAGGGAAUGGUUCGAUGUCAGAUUCGUUGACGACGCGUGAAUGGCUCGAGUUCGCAAUGUGUUUGACCUUCCUCUACACGGUCCUAUUGGCAAUUACAUCAGUUAGUGCGAAGCCACGAUGGAGUAGAGUCGUUAUUAGACAUUUGAACGUUGUAUUGCUCGCGACUUCAGCGGUCUACACGUACAGGGACCUAUACCCGCUUGCUACGUUCAACAAGACCCCACUCGACAUUGAAGAUGGAUGGCGAAUCUGGGCAAAAGUGGCCUUACUCUCCAUCUCGGCUAUCGUUAUACCCUUGUUAAUCCCGAGGCACUAUGUUCCCUAUAAUCCCAAAAACCCCUCACAAACUCCCAAUCCCGAGCAAACGGCGUCCUUGCUAUCACUCACUCUCUAUUUCUUCAUGGAUCCUGUGAUUUUCUCCGUACGAAAGAAUGAACACCUUCCUUAUGACCAACUUCCACCUCUCCCGGACUACGAUUAUGCCGAAGGUCUUCGUGAAAGAGCCUUCCGUCAUCUUGAUCCCACUCUUCGUCCAAAGCGGAGACAUCUAUUUUUCUCUCUCGUCCGCGUAUUCUUAUGGGAACAUUUCAUUCUCUCGCUCAUGCUCAUCAUUCAAGUCACAACUGGUUUCGCAACACCGUUCGCAGUCAAGGGAUUACUGAAUUAUCUGGAGCAGAUGCAAUAUGGAAGUAGUGAUGCGACAAUGCGGCCAUGGUUCUGGAUAGCAUUAAUGUUCAUUGGACCUACCAUAUCCUCCGUUGCGUUCGAAUGGUAUAUCUUUGUAGGGACGCACAUGAUAGUCCAAGCAGAGAGCUUACUCACUCAAGUCAUCUUCGAACACGCUUUGCGUAUUCGUCUCAAAUCAGAAGGAGAUAGAGAAACUAGUCAGGCGACUCCUACACAGGAUACGACAGAUAGCGAUUCUUCAAACCCCGUUUCUAGAGAAUCGACUCUCGUUCCUUCAGACGAUGAUAAUAUUUCUGGAGAUGACGGUAGUGUUAGAUCGGGCACAGACACCACAGCAACUGCGGCAGAAGCAUCGACGUCUCACGCACGAGAAGAUACACUGGUCGAUACCACAAGCUCGUUAAACCGUGCAAAAUCAAAAACUGCCCAUUCUGACGCAGCCAAACCGUCAGUUAACAUUGGGUUACCUCCGUUGACGAGACCCAUAUCAGAGUCCGGCAAUAGCAAUAUGAUAGGCAAAAUUAUCAAUCUUGCUAGCACUGAUCUACAAACGAUUCUGGACACGAAGGAUUUCAUUCGAUUGUUGGUAUACACACCAAUUCAGCUGGUACUGUGCGUGAUGUUUCUGUAUUUUGUUCUGGGAUGGAGUGCUUUCGUGGGAUUGGGUGUUAUCUUCUUGUCGUUGCCGAUUCCCGGGGUACUUGCCAGCUUGGUCCGAAAAGUUCAGGUGAAUCGGAUGAAGCAAACGGAUGCCCGUGUCCAGGCUGUUACGGAAAUUAUGAAUGUCAUACGGAUGGUAAAGAUGUUCGGUUGGGAGCAGAAGAUGAACGACCGGAUAUCAGAGAAGAGGGACAAGGAGAUGUUCUGGAUUUGGAGGUUGAGACUUUUAAACAUGGCUACCAUGAUCAUAAACUAUGUCAUUCCCAUGUCCACAAUGAUUGCAACAUAUGCCACCUAUGUCAGUCCCAAUGCAGUCGAAAUGAAUGGCAUGAUUCUCUAA